AUGUUACAAAGUCUACAAGAAAUUAAUAAUUUACAAUUCGAUCAUAAUGAAAUUUCAUGUAUUGAUCCAGACGCUAUCAAUGGACUUAAAAGAUUAGAGAUUAUUACAUUGAAUUCUAAUAAUUUAACUACUUUACCUAUGUUGCCAUUUGCACAAUUAAUUGACUUAAGAGUUUUACGAUUACAUGAUAAUCAUUUUAUAUGUGAUUGUCGUUUACUUUGGCUUGCAAAAUAUCUUAAAUUUUAUCCAUUUCUUGGUCUUAAUACUCAAUGUCAAGAUACUAAUACAUUGAAUUUUAAAGAUAUAAUAUCGUUACUUGAUGAUACAAAACAAUGUAAUCGUAUGGAUACUGAUGAUAUUGAAUAUACAUGUAAUGUAUUUGUAUGUCCAUAUCCAUGUACAUGUUUUAAUGGUGUUGUUGAUUGUAAAGAUAAAGAUCUUAUAGAAAUUCCGAAAAAUAUUCCUGAUACAACAAUUGAAUUACGUUUGGAAAAAAAUCGAAUUAUAGAAAUACCACCAAAAGUAUUUAUACAUUUGAAAAAACUUCGUCGUUUAGAUUUAAGUAAUAAUUUUAUUUCAACAAUUUAUCCAGAUUCAUUUACUGGUCUUAAAUCACUCAAUUCACUAUUAUUAAAUGCAAAUAAAAUAGUUUGUAUACGUGCUGAUACAUUUCGUGGAUUAGAAAAAUUAAGUUUAUUAUCAUUAUAUGAUAAUCAAUUAAAAACUUUAAUCAAUGGAACAUUUAAUUCAUUAAAAAAUAUUCAAACAUUACAUUUAGCUCGUAAUCCAUUUAUAUGUGAUUGUCAUCUUCGAUGGUUAAAUUUAUAUUUACGUGAAAAACAAAUUGAAACAAGUGGUGUUCGUUGUGCUGGACCACGACGUAUGGCAAAACAAAAAUUUGGAAUUUUAAAAGAUCAAAAAUUUCGAUGUCAAAAUCGACUGAAAUAUUUACAAACAUUAAAUACUGCUCAAUGUGAAAUAGAAUGUUCUAAAGGAUGUACAUGCGAUAGAACAACAGUAGUAUGUCGGGGAUUACAAUUACAGGAAAUUCCUAAUGACAUACCAGCAUUUACUACUACACUUGAUCUUCAAGAUAAUUUAAUCAAACGAAUAUCACGUGAUGGUAAUUUACAACGAUUAAAAAAUCUUCGUAUACUUGAUUUACGAAAUAAUCAAAUAGAAGAAAUUGAUGAUGAUAUAUUUGAUGGAUUUGAUUCACUUAAUCAAUUAUUUUUAAAUAACAAUAGUCUUCAUACAAUAACAUCACAGACAUUUAAUGGUUUAAAAAAUGUUCAAAUAUUAAAUUUAGAUACAAAUAAAUUAACAUGUAUAAAAAAUGAUACUUUUAUGAAUAUGAAUAAACUUGAAUUAUUAUCAUUAAAUGAUAAUAAUAUUAAAUAUAUAGCAUCGUCAUCAUUUGAUCAACUUCGAUUUUUAUCUGAUCUGAAUGUUCAAUCCAAUCCAUUAAUAUGUAAUUGUCAUAUGAAAUGGUUAAAACAAAGUAAAAUCAUUUCUGGUCAUCCUGAAUGUAUGUUACCAACAAAAUUACGUAAUAUUCCGAUUAUCAAUGUUACUGAUGAAGAUUUCGUAUGUAAUCCUAUUGAAAUUGAUCUAUGUGAUACAUCUUAUUCAAAUUCUUGUCCACAAAAUUGUACAUGUUAUAAUCGUAUUGUACGAUGUUCCCAUGCUCAAUUAAUUCGUAUUCCAUAUGAAGAAAUAUCAAUAGAUACUGAAGAACUUUAUUUUGAUUCAAAUAAUAUAGAAGAAAUAUCAUUUGAAUUAAUUAAUCGUCUUAUUAAUCUUGUAAGAAUUGAUUUAAGUUAUAAUAAAUUACGUUUUAUACCAGGAAAUUUAUUUUCAAAUUUAACACGACUUGAAACAUUAAUAUUAUCCUAUAAUAAAAUUCAAUGUUUGGAUUCAAAUGCAUUUAAAGGAUUAAAAAAUUUGAGAAUUUUAUCAAUUCAUGGAAAUGAAAUUUCAACGAUAUCAGAAGGAACAUUUAAUGAUUUACCAAUUUUAUCACAUAUGUACGAAGAAAAAUUUGACUAUAAUCAAAUAAGAACUUAUAGAUUUGUUUUUAGUGCACUCGGUAGUAAUCCAUUUUAUUGUGAUUGUCAUCUUGCUUGGUUAUCAUCAUGGAUUAAAGCAGAUUAUGUUGAACCUGGUAUUGCUCGAUGUGCUGCUCCAUCUCAAAUGGCAAGCAAACUUCUCCUUACAUCUCCGAUAUCUUUGUUUCAAUGUUACAAUAAAACAGAAUCAAAUAAUUAUCAACAAAAAUGUAAUCCAUGUUUAAAUCGUACCGAUCUUUGUUCUAACCAUGGUAUAUGUCGUUUAUUAUCAAGUGGAAAAUAUAUCUGCGAUUGUUUACCAUCAUAUCAUGGUGAACAUUGUGAAAAAAUAAAUGAUGCUUGUUUUCAUAAUCCAUGUAAACAACAAGGAACAUGUCAUAAACUUGCUGAUGGUCGUUUUCAAUGUCAUUGUUUAUCAGGUUUUACAGGUUCUCAAUGUGAGAUAAAUAUAAAUGAUUGUAUUUCACAUCAUUGUCAAAAUAAUGGAACAUGUCUUGAUAAAAUUAAUGAUUACUCAUGCUUAUGUUCACCAUUAUUUACUGGAAAAUAUUGUGAAAAAAAAUUAAAUUGGUGUGAUAAGAAUUUAAAUCCAUGCAAAAAUAAUGGAUAUUGUUUAAGAAUCGAUAAUAGAUAUAAAUGUGAAUGUCCAUUGGGUUUCGAAGGAAUAAAUUGUACAGAUAAUAUCAAUUAUUGUUCUAAUCAUACAUGUCAAUAUGGUAUAUGUAUUAAUAAUAUGAAAGGUUAUACAUGUAAAUGUAAUAUUGGUUUUACUGGAAAAUAUUGUGAAAUAAAAUCUCAACAUCAUUCACCAAUAUUUAAGAAUAAUCAAAAUAAAACUUUAUCAAAACGAUGUACACCUGAAAUUUGUUCAAAUAAUGGUGUUUGUUAUGAAGAUUCAUUAAAUAUUAUUCGAUGUCGUUGUUUUUCGGGUUUCAUCGGUGAUCGUUGUAUGAUAUUAAAAAAUAUUCAUUCAACUACAAAUAAUUCUUAUAUAAAACUAUCUAAACCAAAUAUUUAUCCACUUUUAAAUAUUACAAUUAUUUUUAGUACAAUACAAAGCAAUGGUAUACUUGUUUAUUUUGGAUAUUUAGGACAUAUUGUUGCAGAAUUAUUUAUGGGACGAAUACGUAUUAGUUAUGAUAUUGGAAAUUCACCUGGUUCAGUUAUGUUUAGUUACGAUACAGUAAAUGAUGGAAAAAUUCAUGAAUUACAAUUAAUUAGUAUCGAUCAGAAUUUAACAUUAAUUAUUGAUAGAGAUUAUAGAAGAUUUAUUAAUAACCAUGGUAGUCGUGUUUAUAUGAAUACAAGUGAAAUACAUGCAUUGUAUAUUAGUGGUUUGCCAAAUGAGUUAACUGGUAGAGCUCUUCAAUUAUGGCAUAUUCGUGAAGCAACAUCAUUUCAAGGUUGUAUUCAUGCACUUUAUAUAAAUAAUGAACCAAUCAAUUUCGCUAAUGUUAAUUAUCGUCAUAAAAUCUUACCCGGUUGUGAAAUAAAUGAACUAAAUCCAUCAUCAUGUACAACAACAACUUGUCAACAUGGUCAAUGUCAAUUUGAUGGUUUAACUUACAAAUGUGAAUGUUUUAAUGGAUUUAGUGGACAAACAUGUAACGAAGUAAUAACAUCAUCAAUAGCAUCAUCAUUGAUGAAUUCAUGUAGUUUGAAUAUUCAAACAGGAUAUUAUAUUGAUCCACUAACUAAAUGUAGGAGUGCUCGACGUUUACGUAUGACAAAAUGUUUUGGUACAUGUUCAUCUGCAUUUAGCAAUGGAACAUUAUCAUCAUGUUGUAAACCGAUUGAAGCUAAACGCCGAUAUUUUCGCAUGGCAUGUGCAAGUGGUUUUACUUAUAGACAAUCACUGGAAUUUUUUAAAGAAUGUACAUGUUUGAAUAGUGUUUGUUAA